AUGGUUGCAACAGUGGGCACACUGAUAAAAGAGGAAAUUGCUGAAAACCUUCGAAAUGAAGUGCGUUACAUUUCAGUCAUGAUCGAUGGAGCCACAGAUGCCUCCAGCACCGAAAACAAAACUGUGUAUGCGAGGUGUUUGGGUACUGAUGGCCGACCAGUCAAUCGCAUGGUAGGACACAAACCUGUAGAGCAUGCCCACGCUGAUGGUAAGCUUUAACCUACACUGCACAUUUAUUAGUGACCUAACAAAAAAGAAGCUAUCGAGUUGUCAACAUUUUUCUUCGACAUAAUUAAUAUUCUUGGACAAAAAAAUCAGAACUAUUAAAGUCUCUGCUAAAUUCCUGGCAACCAUUUUUGUGAUACUGCUUAGUUUCACAUUCUUUUUUUGUGAUUGAUGUUUAAAAGCUUACCGGUGUAUUAACGAUAAAACUUUUGACACUUUUUGUUUAAUUUUCGCAGGUCUUCUUCAAGUUGUUGACAACUGCUUUUCGGACCUUGGAGUGAAGGAGUGGAAAAAGAGCACAAUAGGGUUUGGUGCAGAUGGCGCGUCAGUGAAUCUGGGAAAGCGACGAGGUGUUGCAUCAUUACUCAAACGUGAAGUCCACCACCUCAUUGACAUCCACUGUCUUCCCCAUCCCCACCCUUAA